CUGGUAUAAUCACUCCCCUUGCCUGUGUUUGUUACUGUUAAAUGUUUAUACAUAGACAAGACCAAAAAUGAAAGGCCUUUAGAGGCAAAAUGGAACUCCGUUUUACCCUUUUUCAUGCCUGUCAGACAAAAAGUAGGGCUCAAACAUUACUAUAUUUGUAUUGAUGGACGGAGUUGAAACGUAAAGCAUGGCUGGAGAAGGCGAAAAGAGACCCGUGCUGGAAACGAUCCAGGCCGAGGGAGCUGAUGAGGGCUGUGUGACAUUUGUGAUGCAUGAUGAAGACCAUACACUGGGCAACUCCCUCAGAUAUAUGAUCAUGAAGAAUGUGGAUGUGGAGUUUUGUGGCUACACCAUCACCCAUCCGUCAGAGAGUAAGAUCAACUUUCGCAUUCAGACACGAGGGGAAAUUCCAGCCACAGAGCCGCUGCGCAGAGGCCUGAAUGAGCUCAAUGACGUUUGUCAACAUGUUCUCAACACCUUUCAGGCAAGAGUUGAUGAGUUCAAAGGAAGGCAGGAGCAACCAAUGGAUUGAAGAGCAUCACACAUGUGGGGCUUUGACACACAACUGCAGUUCCUGCAGACAAACUGUAAAAAUGAGUUACCUUGAUCUUUUAUAUACUAGACAGAUAGUUGUGGCAAGUUCUUCUUCACUAACUAGUUUGAUCAAACAUUUGUACAGUUUUCUUUUGUAUUAUGUUCAGAUUGAUUUAUGAUGUAUAAUAAAUGUGAAUUCUUGUCUUCUUCACUUUUGAAAUAUUGGAAUGAGUAGUGAAGCAAAUUUAAAACAGCAAACUUAGCCAACACAGACUUUCUUUUCCUUGUUUUUGGGAUUUCAUGCAGAGAUUUUGUAACACAAAUCGCUACGCUGUUUGACUUGCGCUGUAGUAUUUAUUUUCACAACUACUCAUGUAACAGUGUUUGAAGGAACCACAGACCUCAAGUGCUGAGUUAGUCAAUCACCAGAUUGCUCUCAUCUGUCCUUUGAAACCAGGUUUUGAGGAGUGAAGUUAGCCUGUCCUUUUUAGCAGAGGAAUGUGGUGCAAGGGACUUGAUACGGUGCCAAGAAGACAGAGGGAAAAUGAGGGCAGAGAAGUGUAAAUAGUGAAGUUGAAGCUAUUUGACCCGACAUUCACCCCUGUGUGGUGCUCAAGGAUAGGCGGGUAUGGCUGCUCGCUGGUGAGGACUCUGCCAACUUGAUUUUGAACAACUUUUCUUAUGACAUACCACAAUUUAAUGUGUUUGGUGUAAAAGGGAAAUUCCCAGAACUCAUCAAAUGUACAAAACUACAUCAACACUUCAAGUAUUUCUUCAGAGAAUCAUUUAUUCACAGCGGCUCUGGGUGACUGAAGAAAUGAUUCUCUACGCUUGAUGUAGUUUUGUUUAAAAUAUCACUAUCACGAAGCUAAGACAAAAUAAUGGAAGUCCAUGGUGUUUCAGUGUAUGUUUGGCUCAAAGUUAAUUCCUCCAAACUGAAUUAAUAUCAUACUGUAACCUAGUCUGGUCAGUUUUAUAUGGUUUGUGAGAUAUCAAGCAAAAUUCUUUCCAGUUUUCUUUAAUAGUUUUCUCUAACAUGGACUGUGAA